UCCUCCUCCGCUCCUCAGCGGCUCCAGUGAACUCGACCCGCUGCACGGCGCCGAGCACCGGGAGCGUUACCGGGACGAACCACCGCCAUGGAACCGGCCCGGGGACGAGCGAGCGGAUUAUAAAACAUCCCCACACCACCGGAGUCCGAGAAUGAAGAUGCCAGAGGCCUGAGUAAAAGCCCUCCACCAGAGAGUGUGUGUUCCAGGGCUGGGGCUGGACCCAGAGACCCCCGCCUCAGGGCUGAAGGGCCCUCACAGCCCUGCAGUGUAAGCCUGGACCAUGGGGGAUGGAGGCACCGGUGCGACAGGAGGAGAUGGGGUGAACCCCUCCCAUGUCCUGUUCGACAAGUUCACCCAGGGGAGCACGUUCAAGGGCACGCUCAAGGCCUUCCAUGACCUCUGUGAGCACCUGGAGGUCAGGCCCACUGACUCCAAGAUCUUCUAUCACAAGCUCAAGUCCAAACUCAACUACUGGAAGGCCAAGGCACUCUGGGUCAAGUUAGACAAGAGGGCCGGCCAAAAGGAGUAUAAGAAGGGUCGUGCCUGUGCCAACUCCAAGUGUGUAAUCAUUGGUGCGGGGCCAUGUGGCCUCCGUACAGCCAUCGAGUUGGCUUUCCUGGGUGCCAAAGUGGUGCUGCUGGAGAAGAGAGAUGCCUUCUCCAGGAACAAUGUGCUGCACCUCUGGCCCUUCACCAUCCAGGAUCUCAGGGGCCUCGGGGCCAAGAAGUUCCAUGGGAAGUUCUGUGCUGGUGCUAUCGAUCAUAUCAGUAUUCGUCAACUUCAGCUAAUGCUGCUCAAAGUGGCUCUUCUGCUAGGCAUUGAGAUCCAUGUCAAUGUAGAGUUCAGGGGUCUUAUUGAACCCCCUGAAGAUCAAGAGACUGAAAGGAUAGGCUGGAGGGCUGAGGUCCACCCUAAGACACACCCUGUCAGCGAGCUGGAGUUUGAUGUCAUCAUUGGAGCAGACGGCAGGAGAAACACGUUACCAGGGUUUCGGCGUAAGGAAUUCCGGGGCAAGCUUGCAAUCGCCAUCACCGCUAACUUCAUCAACAGGAACACAACGGCUGAGGCGAGUGUCGAGGAGAUCAGCGGCGUGGCCUUCAUCUUCAACCAGAAGUUCUUUCAAGACCUCAGAGAAGCAACAGGUGUUGACCUGGAAAACAUUGUCUACUACAAGGAUGACACGCACUACUUUGUGAUGACUGCCAAAAAGCAGAGCCUGCUGGAGAAAGGAGUCAUUCUGCAUGACUAUGCAGACACGGAGAUGCUGCUGUCCAGAGCCAACGUAGACCAGGUAGCGCUGCUGUCUUACGCCCGUGAAGCUGCAGACUUCUCCACCAACCACCAGCUGCCUACACUGGACUUCGCCAUCAACCACUACGGCCAGCCGGAUGUAGCCAUGUUCGACUUCACCUGCAUGUAUGCCUCUGAGAACGCGGCCAUGGUGCGCCAGCGCAAUGGCCACGAGCUGCUAGUGGCGCUGGUGGGAGACAGCCUGUUGGAGCCCUUCUGGCCCAUGGGCACUGGCAUUGCUCGAGGUUUCCUGGCAGCCAUGGACUCGGGCUGGAUGGUGAAGAGCUGGGCUCAGGGAAAAACCCCCCUGGAGGUGCUGGCUGAGAGGGAGAGUAUUUACCGUCUCCUGCCCCAGACCACUCCAGAAAACAUCAGCAAGAACUUCAAUCACUACAGUGUGGAUCCGACCACACGGUACCCCAACAUCUGCCUUAACUUCCUCAAGCCCAGCCAGAUGCGGAAUCUCUUCGAUACCGGGGAGCCGCGGGAAAUGCGAAUUGAGAUAGAGAAUGUUAUCAACACGUCGACACCCAAGUUGGCCAGGAAUGUAAAUUGCCUGCUUGACAAGCAGUUACCAGAAUCCAUCGCCCGGUCGAGUAAACUGCUCAACUGGUGCCAGAGACAGACGGACGGCUACAGGAACGUUCACGUCACAGAUCUGACCAUGUCCUGGAAGAGCGGUCUGGCCCUGUGUGCCCUCAUCCACCGAUACAGACCGGAUCUCAUUGACUUUGACUCGCUGGACGAGCGAGACCAGCAGAAGAACAACCAGUUGGGCUUCGACGUGGCGGAGAAGGAAUUUGGCAUCUCGCCCUGCAUGACUGGCAAGGAGAUGUCCUCUGUGGUGGAGCCAGACAAGCUCUCCAUGGUCAUGUACCUCAGCCAGUUCUAUGAGAUGUUCAGAGACACAGUGCCACCCGGAGAUAAACACAACAUGAGCCCUGAGGAGAAGGCAGCACUGAUAUCCAGCACCAAGUCUCCCAUCUCGUUCCUGAGCAAACUCGGUCAGAGCAUAGCGAUAUCCAGGAAACGAAAUCCAAAGGACAAGAAAGAGAAGGACGUGGACGGUUUGGGGAAGAGGAGGAAGACGAGUCAGUCUGAAGAUGAGGAAUUGUCCCGGACCGGUCGUGACGACAGGCCGUCCAUCCCGGCUCUGUGCGAGAGAAAAGUGGAAUCUGCUGCCGUGGGGAACAGCAACAAAGUCAAGGUCAUGGCCACCCAGCUGCUCGCCAAGUUCGAGGAGAACGCCCCGGCCCAUUCCAGCGGACUCAAACGACAGGGGGACUCGCUGCCCAAUCUGGACCGCCUUUUGCCCCCUUCCCCACCCCAACGCCCUGUGAGAGAGCCAGUGCGCCUGGCGCCGGUUCCAGCGUGGAGGAAGAGACGCACACAGCAGCAGGAGCAGCUGAGCAUUCGCUACAAAGACAUGAUCAAGGGUCCGACGCUGCCCGGGAAAGGGGAGCAGGCCAGAGGUGGUGACGAGCAGCUGUCCGGCUCGGGCGCUCGGAGUUGCCCAAAGAAAACCAUUCUGCUCCCUUCUUCCUCCUCCACUUCCUCGCUCUCUCUCCACUCAGAGAAUGUGAGUAGAAGUCCAGAGGAAGAGGAGCUUGAAUACUACGAGAGGCCUCUGAAACACGGGGAAUGGGAACGCCUGCACCUGACAGACCCAGGACCCAUUCACAUCCCCGGUAUACAAGAGAGGGCCGACCGCCUGAUUUCUAGAUUUAAGGGCAAACCUGACAAACCACCAAAGCCUAAGAAAAAGCCGUCCCGUUUCUUUGUAGAGCAGUGGCACUUGUCCCGAGGCCCCAGUGAGGGUCCUGGUUCACCAGUCUCCUCUCCUGACUCCAGUAGAAAGGAGUCAGGCAGGCCUCUGCACUCCGAUGACCGAAUGCCCUUAUAUGUGCUUAGCAUUCAGGAGAGGGCCGAGCAGCUUGUCUCUCAGUUGGAGGGCAAGGCCGUCGCACCUCAGAUAAAGCCCUCAGGUUUCUUUAUGGAACAAUGGUACCUGGCCCGAGCCCAGACCCCCCCCGGUACUUCCCCGUCUCCCUCCGACAGACAGCGCUUUGUGCGGAUGUACACGGGGGGAGUUAGCUCCCUGGCUGAGCAGAUAGCCAGUCAGCUUCAGUCUCGGGACGACCCCAAGCCCCCUCCUGAGAAGAGGGAUUUGGGCUCCCUCAGGAAGGAGUUCCCCGUCAACCUCGGCGGCAGCGACGUCUGCUUCUUCUGUCGAAAGCGCGUCUACGUGAUGGAGAGGCUGAGCGCCGAGGGGAAGUUCUUCCACCGCAGCUGCUUCAAGUGCGACUACUGCAACACCACGCUACGCCUGUCCUCCUACGCCUUCGACGUGGAGGAUGGGAAAUUCUACUGCAAGCCCCACUACUGUUACCGUCUGUCAGGCUAUGCUCAGAGAAAGAGGCCUGCUCCCUCCCCAGCUCCAAACGAAGCCAAGGAGAACCCGUCGCCCAAAACCCCCACCUCGGCCGUAGAUGCCCCAGGAAGGGCUAUGGCAGCGGUGACCCCCUCGUCCGAGCUCCAGCCCUCAGCCCUGGAGGUCAAUGGACUUCAGGAGCCAGUCCUGGCCAAGCGCCUGCGUGGAACUCCAGAGCGCAUCGAGCUGGAGAACUACCGCCUGUCCCUGCAGAGGGAGGAGGAGCUGGAGGAGGUGCCUGAGGAGACGCUGGCGGAGCACAACCUCAGCAGCGUGCUGGACAAGGCCAGAGAUGCCGACCAGGGCUCCAGUAGCUCAGAGUCUGACAUGGAUGAGGAGGACGAGCAGGAGGAUCAGGAUCAGGAUCAGGAUCAGGAUCAGGACCAGGACCAGGACCAGGAUCCAGACCAGGAGCAGGAUCUGGAGCAUGAUCCCACCAGUCCCUCAGAUCUCGGUGGCGUUCCUUGGAGGGAGGCGGUGGAGCUCCAUGCUAAACUUAGGGGAGACUGUGAUGAGGACGAGGAGGACGAGGCUCUGGGCGACGCAGUCAGCAGGGAUGGUGAAAUAGAUGAAGAGGAGGAUGAAGAGGAGGAUGAAGAAGAUGAGGAGUCGAGCGAAGACGGGGAUUACUGCCCCUGGGACAGAGAGCUGCAGUCUGGCCUCUGGCUGGAGAAGCACCUGAAAGACGAGGAGGAUGUUGGUACAUUUAAAGCCAGGAACCUGCUGAUCCAACAGAUCCUGCAGCCUGUGGAUCCCCAGGCCAUCCACCUGGAUUCCGAGGGAGAGAAGGACUUGACCUCCCAGCUCUCCCAGCUCUCCCAGCCCUCUGCGCUCAUUCAGCCCUCCUCCACAGCACCUGCCCACACAUCCGCCCGACACGAGGCAGUGAGAGUCUGGUUGGAGUCCAUGUCUGGAGAGCCCGGUGAGGAUGAGGAGCUGGAAGCAGAAGCAGACAGCCAGGAUGUGGAGCCCGGUACAGAGAUGGAUCAGGAGGACAUCCCUUCAGAUGCAGAAGCUGAGGCUCGUUUGCACCAGUCAGAGAACGCUGAAGCACUUCCUGCAGAAGACAGGAAACCUGGAAGUGUGAGAGUGUCCUCCAGCGUUGAACCAUCAGGCACCAGCCCACUGCAGGAAGAAGAUGUUGUCCUUUCCCCUCUCCAACUAUCACCACAGCCUGAGACACAGACUUUUCUCCUGAUGUCUCCUGGCAGCCGCUUCUUCCCAGAUCCGUUCAUACCUGAGGAAGCGACGGCUGAGAGGACAGCUCCUUCACCAGGAGCCAGGAGCCCGCUGUUCCCUUCACCUGUCGCUUCCCCUGCUGCUCCUGCCGCUGCUGCUUCUCCUGUCAGUGUCCCUGCCUCGUCGCCCCCCAGCUCUCCCACCAAAUCACCUGUCGCCUCCCUGCUCAACCCAGCAAUCAGGUCACCUGUCAGAUCCCCCGCCACAUCACCUGUCAGCUCACCGAUCUGCUCCCAGCCCACCUCCCUGCCGGAGACGUGCGCUCCUCAAUCUCCUGUCUUCCCCCACCGCUCCAUUUGCCCUCUCACGGGAAACCCCCUCUCCCCGAUCUGCGCCCAGCCGCUGCCUUGUCACGAACCGUCGUCGCCACUCGCCUCAGAUUCUCCCGUCAGAACUCAGCCUGUCCCCGGUGUCACCUCCACGCCCAUGAACAAAACUGACAAGGGCUCGCCGGAGUCCUCGAGGUCCAUGGAUUCCUCAACGGAGGAGACCCCAUCUAAAAAGACAGAUAUCAUUGAGGAGUUUUGGUUAAAGAGUGCAGAGAUAAGAAAGAGCCUCGGUCUGACUCCUCUGGAUCGCAGUAGUAAAAUCUUCGAGAACAGUGUCGUGAAUGCUCCGACAGAGGAGCCCACCCCGGUCAGGACGCAGUCUCCUGAGGCGUCUGAGGAGCAGAAGCCUGCCCCCGCUGGUCGCCCUGUCAUCCGCAGGCUCAACAUCACCCUGGAGGGUCAGGUCAUUACGCCUCUAGCUCCCGCGGAGCCCAAGAGUAAUGGCUCUGAUAAGAGGGACCUCAGCAGCAGCUCCGGAUUGGGCUUGAACGGGAGCCUCCCCACGAGCCAGACGGUGAACAGCGACAUGUCUGAUUCCGCCAUGCUCACCCCGCCCUCCAGUCCACCGCCACCUGUGCCUGCAAAUCAGUCUCCAGCCGUGCUCAGGCAGCAGAAACACCAAGUGUCCUGGAGCAACGGAAUGGAAAAGCUUCCAGCGGAGCGUGCCAAAGAGCCGGCGAAGACCAAGACUCCUGUUCCUGCGCCGAGGACCCAGCUGAGCCCCGUGCCUGUGCCCAAGCCUGCGCCCAGGAGACUGUCAUCGCUCCAGGCAGAUCCAGAGCCAGCUCCUCCGGUGGUUGUUGUUAUGAGAGAAAAGAAGAAGCCCCGACCGGUGGAGGCGAGGAAGUCCUUUGUGGAGACGGUGGCGGAGAUUCCGUUUGCCGACGACGUGGAGGACACGUAUGACGAGCGCACGCCAGAAACGAGCAUGGACAGGUAUUACACUCCGCCCACCAGCAAGCCCAGCAGAGAUAAACCUCCUCUGCAUCUGGCUCUAGCGAUGGAAAACGGUAAACCUAACAUCCCGGGAGCUCCUAAGACACAGAGGGCAACCCGAUUCUCUCCAGAGGCCAAGGAGAUCGCCGAGGAGAGAAUCCGAGCCAGAGAAAAGUCUAUAAAGAGCCAAGUGCUGAAAGACGCCAUGGCCAAGCAGCUGAACAAAAUGAAAGAGUCCGACGUUGACAGGGGAGCCCAGCCUAAAGUGGCCUGGAGCGUGACCCCAGACGUCGUGGGGAAAAGUAAAAAAUCUGCCUUGUCGCCGAGGACAUCGGCCGUGAAAUCUCUGGAGUCCAAGAAGGCCGAGACUCUGCCGGAGCGUUUCUUCAGCAGCAACAAGAGCCUGGACAGCUCGGCGGCUUCGUCCGACGGCUCCGCCACGAGCAAGAGCAAGAAGCGCAGCUCCCUCUUCUCGCCGCGCAAGAACAAGAAGGAGAAAAAGCCCAAGAACGACAGCAGCAGGCUCUCGACCCCCGAUGAGACGCCGCCCAAACACAAGUCGCUGUGGAAGGCCGUGUUCUCGGGGAUCAAGAAGGACAAGAAGAAGAAGGAUGACAAGUCGUGUCCGAGCACGCCGUCGUCCAGCUCCACCACGCAGGACUCUGGGAAGAAGAGAAGUUCAUCUCCGGGCAGAUCAUCCGACUUGAAAACUCGCAGGAACUUGAGCUUCUCCGAGGACUCGGACCUCUCCUGUGACGACGUCCUGGAGAGAUCCUCCCAGAAGUCAAAGGCGGAUCGGCAUAUGGACAUCUUUGACCUAGUGUCAGACAUUCACAAGGAGGCGAUAAAGGAGGAGAAACUGGAGAAGGAGAGGAGGAGGGAGUUUAAGGAGAAAAAGAGGGUGACAGAGAGGCAUAAGGAGAGAGAGCGGGAAAAAGAGGUUGAACUGGAAAAGGACAAAGACGACGAGGAGUCUGUUUAUGUUCCUCACGCGCUGGCGUUCAAGAGAUCGUACGCCACAAAGAAAACCUACACGGAGGAAGAGCUGAACGCCAAGCUGACGCGGAGAGUCCAGAAAGCUGCGCGGCGACAAGCCAAGCAGGAGGAGCUCAAGCGGCUGCACAGAGCCCAGAUUAUCCAGAGGCAGUUGGAGCAGGUGGAGGAGAAGCAGAGGCAGCUGGAGGAGAGGGGCGUCGCUGUGGAGAAAGCUCUGAGAGGAGAAGCAGGAUUGUAUAAAGGUACUUAUACGUUACCCAAACAGCACAAAAGAAGAUCAGACUAUUGGGGAGAUUCUAAUUACAGUGAAAUCCUGGACUUGCAUCUGGGCGGCAUGGGCAAGAAGGACGAUCCCAAACUAAUGCAGGAGUGGUUCAAGCUGGUGCAGGAGAAAAACGCCCUCGUCCGCUAUGAGUCCGAACUCAUGAUAUUUGCCAGAGAGCUGGAGCUGGAGGAUCGACAGAGCCGACUGCAGCAAGAACUCAGGGAGCGGAUGGCUGUGGAAGACCACCUGAAGACAGAAAAGGAGCUCGCUCAGGAGAGGCAGAUCCUGAACGAGAUGCUGGAGGUGGUGGAGCAGCGCGACGCCCUGGUGGCCCUCCUGGAGGAGCAGAGGCUUCGGGAGAAAGAAGAAGACAAGGACCUGGAGUCUGUCAUGCUCUCCAAGGGCUUCAACCUCAACUGGGCCUGAGGACAGUGGCAUAACCCGCUCAUCGGGGUUCGGGGAAAGAACGAUUGGCGUUCUCAGCCUCGCACGCAUCGUCUUUGAUCACGUCUGCCUAAAAUCAAGACACGGGCAGUUGGUGUCAAACUGUCACACCUGCAGCAGUGAAUGUGUAAAGAUUAUACCCGACACAACACACAGGAACACUAUGGCUGCCGCUGACAUGAAGCAUUCUGUCACGUUUACAUAUCCACCGCCCAGAGGCAGCCCCGGUUAUUCACUCUGCAGUUUUUGCUUGCGCUCUCGCCCUCUGUAAGGGGGAGAGGCAAGUUCUUUUUCUCCACAACUUUAUCAUCACAGCCUUGAAGUGGAUCCUCUCAUGCGUAGAGGGGGGGGGUGCUUUGGGAGAAUGUUUAAAGACUUGUUUCAUUCUCGAUUAUCUAAAGGGAAGAGUGCAGUUUGGUCCUGCUGAUGUUAAAGGAACUGUAAAGAGUUGUGUUUUCUGUGUACAGCCGUGUAGCGCAAGUCACGCCUUCAGCAGAUGAAGGUGUUCUCAGCUCUCGCUGCAGACGCGCGUGUGUGUCUGUGUGUGUCUGUGUGCGUGUGUGUGUAAAUGCUCAGUCUGACUGUCGGAAAGACCUCCUCUGCUGAAGCUGCCUUUCCAUCCCGUGACAAACUGACUUCUGCUUCCUAAUGAACCACAGACUCCAUGUUUCUCUUUUCUUCAGCCCACAGCGUUUAGUGAGUCGACACAAAGAGCCAAUUCAACAUGGUCAUGUUUUUAUAUAUUUAUGAAUUUUGUGUUUGUUUUGCUUUUAACAGAAAAGGAUUCUUUCUUUCUUUUUUUUAAAUGUACAUUAACAGGAGAGUGCCCAGAAUUGCAUUACCUUGCACUUGUGCACGACUCCCAGGCCCCCCCCGUCAGCCACUGCAUGUCAGGAAUGAAGGUUGUAGGAACAUAGAGGAGCCUCACAACGUCUCUUAUAGCUACACACACACAACACGGACUUGUAACAUUCAAGCACGACAUGUGCCUGGACUGUGACGGGCCUCUCUGUGAGAAGCCGUUCACUGUGCAUCACACCGAUCCGUUAACGUUUACAAACACUCAUCCAUGUUCGUCUUUGGGGGAUUUUUUUAUGUUUUCUGCUUUAGGCAAACUUAAAGAUUCAACUUGUAAAGAAGAAAACUGUCUUCAGGUUGAAAUGUGUUUCUCCCACGUGUUCUCACUGUGAGGUCGUCGUUCAUGAAUCUGAUUUCACUUUUAUUUAAUGGGAGAUUAUUGUAGCUCACGUUACUCACUUUGUGCCACAGGACUGUCUCUGUUGUUUGAAUCUGCAACAUCAACACAACAGCAGCGUACACACACACACACACACCCACACAGACACACCCACACCCACUAGACAACACUUGGAUCACUAUAUUGCAGUGUUAAUCCUUUACCCUUGAACAAGAUGCCUUUUCUUUUUUUUUUCCUUAUCAUUCUCUAUAUUUAAUUUAUGUUUUAUUAUUUUCAGAGUUAUUUUUGAGGUAGUCACAUCGGUGCAUCCCACUGGAACUCGAGAUUUUUUUUGUUUUUUUAAACUUCUUUUCAGAAACUUUUAUUACAGCAGCAGGACCCCGAGCAAAAAAAUAAGAGGAUUUGAAAUGGGCCGCUGAAGAGAUGCAGAGAGCUUUAUGAGCGCCUGGCAUCAGACAGGAGCAUUAUGGUUUAUCUGGAGGGCAGUCAAACUAACAGCCUUGUCGACAACUGUAAAGAAAUCCAGGUGGUCACUGUUUUACAGCACAGAAACACUAGAGGCUCUAUUUAUGACUGGCUAUGAGCUGUAAAUACAAAGUGUUACAUAAUUUUAAGGGUUUCUCUUGUUUAAGACGGUGUGUGACGAGUUUGAACUUGAUUGUAUUGAUAUUUAUUAACAUGUGUGCAAACUGUAUAGUAUGUAAAGAAAAUGAAUCCUAAUUUUUAAAAAACUGUUCCGCAGACACACGACUCAUAAUGUAAAUGCUUCAUGUAGCUAUAAUGCAUAGGGGUGUUGGAUGUAUGCUGAGAACGGCAAUAAAACAAUGCAGUUGUUCUUUUA